UCACGUUUGUUACCAUUGGAGGGCUUUAGGAUGUUACCCACAUUACAGACAUGUCCCCGGCACCUGCUGGUGUGUGAGAAGUCCAGUUUCCUGCUGGAGAAGUCCAGGCAUGCCACCCUCGUGGAGACACACUACUAUAACUAUGCAGUGUCUAUUUUGUUACCGGAGUGUGGACAUUUACCUGGAAAAUUAAAGAAUGCGAUUGAUGGUUUGGGGAAUUAUUAUCUUGUAAAAGAAUUACCUCUACAUGAGUUCAUAACGCAAGAGUUCAGAGACACCUUUUUAAAAAAAGGUUUAUUUUAUGCACUUUCAUACAACACAAGAAUUGAUCAGGAUAAUGUUGCAGCUCUGCUGCCAACAGGAAAGCUUAUUAUAUCAGUAGAUAAAGACACGUAUGAAGAGUUAGGUUUGCAGGGCAAGCCAUCUUUAUAUUCUGGAAAAAAACCUAUGAGAUAUAUUGUUAAUCUAGAUCUUACAGAUGAGGCCCUCUCCCAGGAUGGCAAAAAACACCAGCGUGUGAGAUGGGCCUUUACGGAGAAGAAGCCUCUGAAGUUUGAUUUCCUCCUAGCAUGGGAUAACGCAGUUUCAGAAGCACCGACUAUAAAGACGUAUUUUUCAAAAUAUGUGGUCAGAGAGUGCCCAUUUAAGAUCAGUUCUGCUGUUUCAAAAGAUGUGCUUUGUCCUGUAUUGAAGAGCAGAGACAGAGGGAAAGAGGGGGAGUCGUUUAGUGCUGUGGAGAUUUUCGAGUGGCUGGGUGCUGUAUGCAAUAAUGUCAAUUGCAACAAUCAGGCAUCCAGUUUCUUAUCAAGCUUUUGUUGCCCAGAUCCAAAUACUUUGGUAGAGAAAGUUUAUGUAUGCACGAUUACUGGAUUCAUAACACCAGCAAAAAUAAUGCAGUUGUUACAGCAGCUCCGAGAAUAUUUUGAUGAACCAAAAUUAAGUCAGUGGGCAUCCCUUAUGGUGAAUGGAUUUGCAGACAGUCCUGUAUCUUGGAAAGAAAGUGAACAUGGAUUUUUUAAAGGUGGUGAAAAUUUGUACAGUUUUGUGGUCUUUAACAAUGAAGACUACUGGCUACACAUGGCUGUUGGGACACACAAUGGCUGCCCACCAUAA